AUGUCAAGUCCAGAGCAGUAUACUGUUGGUUGGAUAUGUGCCUUGCAGACGGAAUAUGUCGCUGCCCGAGCUUUUCUCGAUAAUUCGCAUAGCCGACCGGAAAGACUUUCACCAAAUGAUAAUAAUCACUACACUCUGGGAGAAAUCGGAGGCCAUCAGGUGGUUAUCGCAGUUCUACCAGAUGGAGAAUAUGGGACAUCAUCCGCAGCUGGGGUGGCCAGGGAUAUGCUGCACAGCUUUCCAAACAUCCGAUUUGGGCUAAUGGUUGGGAUUGGUGGGGGAGUUCCAACAAAACGGGACAUACGUCUUGGAGAUGUUGUCGUGAGCUCGGCUCGGAAUGGAUGUGGUGGUUUGCUUCAAUAUGACUUUGGCAAGGAAUUGCAAGGGCAAGAAUUUUAUCAAACAGGAUUCUUGAACCAGCCGCCGCCGAUCCUGCGCGCGGCCGUAUCUGGGCUCCAAGCGCAGUAUGAGGAGAAGGGCCAUCAGUUGAAGGGGAGCAUACAAACUGUGCUCGAAAGCAAUAGCAGACUGAAGCGAAAAUACACACAACCUCCUCCUGAAACCGACAGGCUUUAUGAAAGCCAGUUUAUUCAUGUCCCAGUCAGCGAGACAAGCUGUGCCGGGCUCUGUGAUAACUCCAAGUUGAUUCUCCGACCAGAGCGAACCGAAGAUGAGGAUGAUCCUGCUAUCCAUUAUGGCUUGAUAGCAUCUGGGAAUAGAUUGAUUAGAGACGCAAUAUUCCGGGACAAGAUGGCGGCAGAGCGAGAUGUUUUAUGCUUUGAAAUGGAAGCAGCUGGACUGAUGAACCAUUUCCCCUGUUUGGUCAUUCGUGGUGUUUGUGACUACGCCGACUCGCACAAAAGCAAGGAAUGGCAAGGCUAUGCUGCAAUGGUGGCAGCAGCAUAUGCAAAAGAUCUUCUAUGUCAAAUUAUCCCUCAGAGGGUAACCGCCGAGCGAAAGGCCUGUGAGGUUUUGGACGGGAUCCAAAACGAACUGCGCAACGUAUCCAAGAAUGUUGACAAUAUUCAUUUAAUUACUAGCGGAUCAGCCAGGGAAAUCAAUGCUAUGGUACAGAGUAUUAACCUAAAGGAGUUACCAGUCGCUAACGGAGCUGAAUUUGGAACGUAUAUGGACCAGCAUGAAGAAGAAUGUCUACCGGGAACCAGAAAGGAGCUCCUUCUUAAUAUUGAAGAAUGGGCUGUCUCACCGGAAGGAAAAUGCAUUUUCUGGCUCAAUGGUUUGGCCGGCACUGGCAAAUCCACAAUAUCACGGACUGUGGCCAAAUCCUUUAGAGAGCGAGGGUUAUUAGCAGCGAGCUUCUUCUUCAAGAGAGGUGAAGGAGAUCGUGGCAAUGCAGCUCGAUUCUUCCCAACUAUUACAAAGCAGCUAUUCACCACAAUACCAGAAGUACGCAUUGCUAUCUUAGAGGCAAUGAGGGAUAAUCCAGGAAUUUCAGCCCAACCUCUUAAGGAGCAGUUUAACGAGCUCAUUUACCGACCACUCCACAGCUUGACUCAGCCAGAAAAUCAGAGCCCACCUCUAGUGAUAGUGAUUGAUGCGCUAGAUGAAUGCGAAGAUGACAACGAUAUCAGAGCCAUCAUCCAACUAUUGCCACGUGUUCAGGACUUAAACUAUGGACACUUGCGUUGUUUUGUCACCAGUCGACCUGAACUCCCUAUUCGAACAGCCUUUCAGAUGGUUAAUGAUACCCAUCAGGAUUUGGUUCUCCAUGAGAUUCCUCAUCCAAUAGUGGAGCAUGAUAUAUCCUUGUUCCUUGAAUACAAGCUGGCGAAUAUUAGGAAGGAGCGGGCACUUCCUCUGGGCUGGCCUGGAAACUCUGAUAUCCAAGCUCUGCUUACCAUGUCAGUCCCACUAUUUAUAUUUGCUGCCACUAUCUGCCGUCUGCUUGAGGAUCAUAAUCUGGACCCUGUGCAAUGUCUCACGGAGAUCCUCAAAUAUCAAAGCGAAGAGUCUAAGUUGGCUGGAACAUACCUUCCAGUACUGGACCGCCUUGCUUCCAAAUAUAAUGGGACAAGGCAAAAGCUAGUGGUUCAGGAGGUUCGAAAAGUUAUUGGUACAAUUAUUCUUCUCGAGAGUCCACUUUCAGUCGCGUCCCUUUCAAAGUUCAUAGGGCUCUCCCCAAGGUUAAUUAAUGCCAGCCUGAGCUCUCUGCAUUCAGUCUUGAAUGUACCAAAUAAUGAGUCACUCCCAUUGAGGCUCUUCCACCUAUCAUUUCGUGACUUUCUUCUUGACUUCACCACUUGUGGGAGGACCAUGUUUUGGGUUGAUGAGAAGGAAAUGCACCAACAAUUGACAGACUACUGUCUUUCUGUUAUGCGUGACCAGCUAAAGGAGAAUGUGUGCGAAUUCGAAAGCUACGGAACAGAGCGAAGAAAUAUUGAUCUCCAGUCUAUUAGCUACUUUUUGCCGCCAGAGCUGCAGUAUUCUUGUCGCUAUUGGAUCCACCAUCUGGCACGAAGCAAACACCCCAUGGCCCAGAUUGAUAAUACUUUUGCAUUCCUUGAAGAACAUUUCCUUCAUUGGAUGGAGGUAAUGAGCAUACUUGGAGUCGUUUCAGACAUUCUGGGGUGUAUUGGCACUCUACAGUCAGCAAUACAAACCCAUAAUGAUUCUGUACUAUCUGAAUUCCUGCAUGAUAUAACACGUUUUAUCCUGAAGAAUCGCCAGAUGGCAGAUAUUGCUCCUCUUCAGCUUUACACUUCUGCGCUGAUAUUUGCACCGCAGAUGGCAAUGACGAGGAAAAAGUUUGAAAGAAAGCUUCCUAAUCAGAUACAUAAAUAUCCAGAUGUGGAACAAUCUUGGAGUCCAGAAUUACAGACUCUUGAGGGCCAUUCUGACACUGUCUGGUCCGUGGCAUUCUCGCCAGACGGUAGCUUAUUAGCCUCUGCUUCCGAUGACAGUUUGGUCAACCUCUGGAAUCCCGCCACAGGAAUUCUGAAAAGGAGUUUGGAGGGCCAUUUAGAUUCAGUCUGGUCCGUAGCAUUCUCAGCAGACAGCAGUUUAUUAGCAUCGGGCUCCAGCGACAAAACAGUCAAACUCUGGGACACGUUUACUGGCGUUCAAAAACGCGAGUUGCACGGCCAUUCGAAUUCGGUCUGGACAGUGGCAUUCUCAGCCAACAGCGAGCUGCUAGCAUCCGGCUCUGGCGAUAAUAUCAUCAAGCUCUGGGAUCCUGCUACAGGCACUCUGAAGCGGGACUUGACAGGUGCACCACUGUUGGCCUCCGGCUCCGAGGAUGGCACCGUCAACCUCUGGGAUCCUAUUACCGGCAUUUUGAAAAAAUCCUUGGGGAAUCGUUCGAAUGAAGUCUGGUCGGUGGCGUUGUUGCCUGAUGCCACAAUUCUAGCACUAGGCUCAGAUCAUUGUGCAGUUCAGCUCUGGCAUGUAGAUGCUGGAACAAAGCAGCAGAUCCUUGAGGGCCACUCGAGCUGGGUACAGCGCUUCCAUGGGGAUGAUUUUGGUCGAGAUCAAGGGCUCACGGGGACACUAUUUAAAGGAUUUAGAGGCUCGGUUCAAUCAGUGGCAUUUUCAUGUAACGGCCAACUACUGGCAUCCGCCUCCAAUGAUACGACAAUCAAACUUUGGGAUCUCACGACGAAUCCACUCCCACAGAUUGCCGAGCAACCUAUGCCUGUCAUUACGUUGAUGAAAUUCUCCCCUGACGGCCUGCUACUAAUGUCAGAGUCCUUCGGUCAGUCGAUUAAACUUUGGGAUUCUCUCACAGGAGAUUUACUACGUUCCCUAGAUUGCGGCAUCCAAGACACGAUUUUUUCAACUGAAUUCUCGCCCGAUAGCCAAUUAUUACUUCUCCAAAUACAAGACCUGUCUGAUGAGACUACAUUCCUGAUUCUAGAGCUUGCAUCUGUGAAGCUGGGACAUAUCCAUCUGCAACAUGUCCUUGAGGACACUUCAAACUUGGUCCAGUCAGCUAAAUUCUCUCCCGACAGCCAAUUACUGGCUUUGUGCUGCAGAGAUAAUACAGUCAAACUCUGGAACGUUAAUACAAAAAGCGUGCAACACACCCUUGAAGGCCACCUGAAUUCUAUCCACUCCGUCGAGUUCUCGCCAGAUAGCCAGCUACUAGCAUCAGCAUCCUACGAUGGCCUGGUCAACCUCUGGGAAAAUGCGACAGGAUGUCUGAAAAAACAGAUUCUGGAUAUCGGGAAUGUUACGCCCUUCAAAAUUUCCGAAGAUUUGUACUUGUAUGCGACCAUGGAAUCUCUUCAUUUCCAGGCUCGUCAAGACAACUAUAGCUCUGGUUCGUCGGACGUUGGUGUCGAUAUAUUGGUGGAAAAGGAAUGGGUGGUAAUGAAGGGCCGGAAGGUUCUGUGGCUUCCUCCAGAAUAUCGACCUGUCUGUUCAGCAGUAAAGAAUCAUACUCUGGCUCUUGCGAAUGGUUCCGGGAGGGUUUAUUUCCUUACUUUCAGCGCAUAA